AGCAGCAGGACGCGAGGGCUAAUUCGCGUUCGCUGACGUUCGCGCGCUGUCUCAUUGGUGACCACGAUUUCGGCCAAUCAUCGGAAAUAUUCUUCGGACCAAUAUCCAUUUAUCCAAUAAUCGAUAUAUGGAUCAGCAGAUCAGUUCAGACGGUAGUGGUGGUGGCGGUCAUAUGACCGUCGUCCAAACAAUCCCGCCGUCUAACAAUCAGGUACAGGUCGUACAAGCCGGUCAAGUGAUACAGAGCGCCAACGGUCAACAAAUUGUUGUUCAUGCCGUUCCUCAAAAUUCGGGACAACAAGUGCACUUGGGUUCGCAGGGCAAUCAACAAUUGCAGCUACUCCAGUUACCUGUGCAGCAGCAGGCACAAGCACAGUUAAUCCAAACGCCUGAUGGCCAGACUUUUAUCUACCAACCAGUCCAGGUGGAUAAUUCUCAAACAAUUGCUCAGCAGCAACAAACUCAACCUACAUUGAUUAGCAUAAAUGGAAACAUUAUGCAACUAUCCAGUCCGCCUGCUAAUAAUUCUCCUACAGUUACUCAAACAGCUACUACUGUUUCACAAGGAGUUCCUCAAAACCAACAAAAUAUUGUAAUGAUGGUUCCAAACAAUACAGCUAAUACUAGCAAUCAAUUUCAACGGUUACCAACUACAACAGAAUUUCUUGAAGAAGAACCAUUAUACGUAAAUGCCAAACAAUACAAAAGGAUACUGAAAAGAAGACAAGCUAGAGCGAAAUUGGAAGCUGAAGGAAAGAUUCCUAAAACUCGACAAAAAUAUCUUUAUGAAUCACGUCAUAAACAUGCAAUGAAUCGUAUACGAGGAGAAGGUGGCCGUUUCCAUUCAGGAUCUUUGAAGAGAAUGAGUAUGUCAAACAAUAAAAAUAUGCAAAAUGACAACUGUAAUAUAAGAAUGGUUGACAAUCAUAGUUACCAUGUUACUAUUAAACGCCAAAUUGAUGAUGAACAAAAUCUGCAGUCGCACAACGGUUUGGUCUAUAGCAUAAGUGGCUAGUGAAAUGGUAAUUUUCUCAGUAAAACCUAAAUGUUGUAUAUUGACUCUGUUAAAUUUAAUACAAUUAAGUGUUCUGUUGAUUAACUUUUAAGACUUAAAAAAUUAGUAUUCAAAUUUUAUUUAUGUAUACUUGUCAAGUUAAGAAUCAUUCUAUAUCGAAUACACUUAUGCUAUAACACACCUUUUGAUUGUUUGUAAG